GAUUUCGGCUCAGAUUUUGUUAUACAUAUAUUUAUUUUUUUUUACAAAUGUUUCUUAACUUUUAUCGGAGCCGAAAAUAUGUGUUUAAAAAUGUAUCGUUUGCAAAAUCCUAGUGAGAAAUGUUACGCAUACGUGACAUUGAUGUGCCAUUUGAGGGGACGACUCAAAACAGAUCAACGAAGAAAACUUAUUUGCUGACGGGCAUUUUCUUUCUAUUGGCGGCUUUUCAAUGGUUCUUUAUAUUGGCAUUCGUUCAAUCCGAUAUGUCACGUUGGAGCACUGUCCUGAUAAUGAGUGCCUUCCUUCUGGUAACCGUAUUCCAUUCACUUUCGCCCCUUCGCUAUGUCUAUCCAUAUAAUUACAUUCUAAUGCUGAUUAUAACUGAGCUUAUGAUUUUGGGCACCGGAGCCAUGUGCAGUAUUCAGUCCUUAGAGCUAAUGGUUGCUGUGAUAGCCAUUAUUUUCUUUAUCUGGAUAUGCCUGGUGGCCUUUGGCGCUGUCGUCCAUCAAUAUGUACAGUUGAAUCCCUUGUGCUUUCUAACCAUCAUCUUUCUAAGCUUUAUGGCUACUGUAAUGUUAAUCUAUAUGCAACUUGUAUUGGAUACCCAAACCGUAUUACAUUUGUGUCGCAUCCUUGUUUGCUAUUCAAUUGUGGCUGUUAUCAUCUAUCAUUCGGCGAUCUUACAUAGCAGUGAAGCUAGUCUUUUUCAGGAGGAUUACAUAUUGUCCGGACUGCUGCUUUUUGUCGACUACAUUUGUCUAUUCAUACUGGGCAUAAUGUAUGUACAAUACAAAAAUGACACAAACAUAAAGCCCGGACAAGUGACAUAGUCCUUAUUUUAUUAAAAAAUAGAGAUCUAUAGAUCUGAAAUGAGCGGCUUUUCAUUGAAUGAAGAAUACUCCGCACUUUACUGGGCAAAUGGAAAAUUAAAUGGCUCUACCCACUCAUUAAGCUCAGUUUGUUGAGUUCCUGGAACUGGAAGGAGAAAAGGCAACAUUGAAAUUGCUAAAGAACUAAGGAUAAAUCAAAGAGAAGAAAUCCUUUUGGCUAUAUCUGAGAUAUUGCGGAACUUUAAAAAGUAGUCAAAUCUCAGACGUGUAAGCACUUUUGAAUUAUAACAACCCAUUGUCCUUGGUUUUUCAAGGGCUUUUAGAAAUGUCUGGCAUUGAAAAAAUGUAAUAAAUAUCCCCAAAUUUUAAAACAUUUGGCGCAAGUGGUAAAAAGAGCCCAAUUUCAAAGCCAAAAUGGUCCUAUAGAUAGAUUAUUUUUCUAAUAGAAUCCAGAGAACGUCUCGUCAGCUAUGUCAGACAAAACUUAUUGUAGUAAAUUUUAUAAACACUCA